AUGGUGCUCAAGGCGCGUGGGCGAGGGAGCUGCAGCCAAGUUACUGCUGGUGUCAUAGCCAUCAUGGCAAUAACCAUGGCUAUGAGCACCAUGGUAUGGUGGACCACAGUAUCAUCAGGCCCCUUCGCCCCUGGUCUCAACUACAAGGUGGGUUUUGACAUCUCCUCUGGCAGGACAGACCUCAACUUGCUCUGGCCAGACCUGUCCUGCUUCGCCAAUGUCACUGUGCACAUGUGCAUCUAUGACCUCUACCUGCAGGCAAGCUGUGUCAUUGAUCCUCCUGCCCUCAGGCAGACAUUGCUGUGGCUCAUGAACUUUGUUCCAGAGACAGCUGUUCUUGUGCAGGCCAACCUCACAGUGACACUGACUGACACCAACACCAACAUGACAAUUGGUGACUUCACAUUCCUGAUCAGCACCAACUGGUUUGCCCUCAACUACACAUGCCAGUGGACCACCAUUGUCGACUCUGGAGCUGUGGACAACGCUACCAUGAUGGAGAGGAAGACAAUCAUGCUCACAGCACCAGCCAGACGCCACUGGCAGGUAUGCAUGAAGGCAGGCCAGCAGUUGCAGUUCAAGGGUUUCUUCCUCCCCUCACACCUCUACUUCUGCACCUUCAAGAUGUCAACACCCAACAUCAGUCUCCAUCAGGUGAUCAAUGAGCGCCACCAACAGCCCCUGUCAGCAACAGUGCUGGAGUGCCCAUUGCCCAGUGAUUGGUAUCCUCCCAAGGUCAUUGACAUGAUCAUCAUCAGCCACAUCCACAUGUGGGACAUCACAUGCAGCGUCUUCCAUGGACCCAUGGUGGCCAAGUUCAACAUGUCCUUCACCAUGGCCCAGACAUGUGACAACAUCGUACCACCACCAUCAGAGGACUGGACACAGGCCAUCAUUGGAAUGGGCAUGGCGCUGAUGGGCAUCUGUCUGUUGGGUCUGGCGGCCAGUCUCAUGGUGGUCAUCUGGCAUGUGUACAACCAACUGGUGGAUGGCGAUGAACUGUUGGAGAGAGGCAAGACCCAUGAUGUCUCCUUGCCACUCGAGUAA